CGCCUUACUCUGAUCACAUGACCUCCUGUCGUCAUUUCCGCCUUAUUUCUGAAAAUGAAAAAUGACAGCAUUUAGAUGUAAGGAGUAAUUUCAUUAACUAAAGUUAGAGGGGAGACAGGGAUUGUAAUGUUCGUUCUGCACUGCCGGAAUUCCGCUUUGCCAGAACUCCAAACGAGGGUUUUUAGAUUGUGGUCUUGUGAUUAACGCUUUGUCAGAUUUUGCGUUAUCGUACAUAUUUAGUCGAAUCUCAUCUGUUAAUUUUGCAAUGCUGAUGAAUUUGUUCAAGAAAGUCAGUGAGUGAAAUCAGUGUUUGGUAGAUAGCUGAAGGCUGCAGAGAGAGCAGUGUUUAUCGGUUAAUGCUCCGUUCACGCCUCUCGGUAAUUCAACAGUAAGAAUAAUUUGGAAGAUGACUAUUGCUACUCCGAUGUUUAAGUUUACAAACUGCAGCUUUAUUGUCACGGUUUAGGAUUGUUCGUUGUAUCAUAUUGCAAAGAUUCUUGUGUAUCGUAGUACAGACUAAGAUGUUUCAUGGCGCUGAAGGAAAGUGUCCUCUUGUAGAAGACAGUUUCAGCCGUUUUCCGUCGCAGAGUAACAUAUACGGGUUAUGUCAGGCUGGAGAAAGGGAGCUGUUGGCUGCAACCCUUAAGGGAAAGGUUGUUUGUUUUAAGUAUCAAGACCUCCGACAAAAAAUUAGGCCUGUUGCUAAAGAAGUGCAAUUCACGUAUAUCCCAGUUGAUGCAGAAAUUGUAUCUAUCGAUUCCUUCAAUAAGUCACCUCCUAAUAGAGGUCUGGUUGUGGGCAUUACGUUUAUAAAGGACUCGGGUGAUAAAGCUAGCCCAUUCCUCAACAUCUACUGUGAUUAUGAACCUGGUUCAGAGUUUAAUCUGGAAUCAGUUGCACAGAGCUGUCUGAAUCUGGAGCUGCGAUUUACUCCCUUCCAGCUGUACCACACAGAAGUGCAGUGUGGGGACGGCAAUGAGACGGUGUUUCUGCUCAGCGGCCAUGACCAGCAGAUUCAUCUCUACAAGGAGAAUGCGUCCUUACACCAGUUUGAGGAGCAGCCAAUCGGAAGACUCUUCCCUGAGCUCCUGGACCUUCCCAGCAAUGUGAUAUGGAUGGAUAUGAUGAGAGUCUCUGGUGGUCGACGGCUGUCUGCCUUUGGGUGUCAGAAUGGCUGUGUAGGGCUGGCCUUAGUGAAGCAGGAAGGACCUGAAAUUCUGCAAAGUUGGCGAAUCCAGCAGGACAGCCCAGUCUCAAAGGUCCUGCUCUUCUCACUGGGAACUCCACGGCUUCAGACAAGGACAGACCAAGAUGCUUCAGCACAUACAAGUCAGAUAACAGAGGAUGGGAACGAGAGCUAUAAUCUUCUUGUCACCAGCACCAUUGAGAUGGCUGUAGUGUACAGGGAUGUACAUACAUGUGGUUUAACCAAUUCCAUCUGUUUGCCAGAGAGCAAUCAGUAUGAUGUGGUGCUUUGUGCAUUAGUAAUUGACUUGGAGUUUGAUGGAAACAGAGAGUUACUUCUGGGAACUUAUGGACAGGAGUUGCUGUGCUACAAAUUUCAGCUCUCAGACAGCAGGCAGGUCCAUCUAAUGUGGAAACGAAGCUUCAAGAGUCCAUUAUUAUCCAUCACUUAUUUGGACUUAACUGGCGAUGGUUUAAGAGAACUGGCCAUUCUUACACUGAAGGGCCUUCACAUACUACAGCAUAGCCUAACCUGGUCUGCCAAUCUGGUUCUUCAAUCUCUGAGAAAGAGAGCAUCUCUGCUGCAUUAAUUCUGGCCACUCACUGGUGCCCUAAGACUGCCCAGGUUCACCAAGGGGUGAGACACUCCUGUGUGGAAGGUUAAGGUUCCAUGCUAAUUUUGUACAUGGUUGUGCAAUAUCGUGCUUGUAUGCCUUACACGCAUAUUAGGAUGCUUCCUAUGUCUGGAUGCCCCCUAAUGUAUAAAAUUGUUCAUGUAGACAUCAACAGCCUUUUAUAUUUUAUUUGAAAACUUACAAAAACUGAAUGCUGUCAUGAGAACAUUUUUUGCUUUCAACUUAAAAUACAUCUGAACUGUGGCCAGCUGCAGUUUUUGCCCAUUUGUAUGACUGAUUCGCUGAAGAUUCAUGUCUAAAUUAUUUGUAAAACUACUUUUAAAAACUUUCAAAAUAAAAGUAAGAGGUCCUCACACUGCC